AUGGCCGCUGCUUUAGCUAAAUAUGAUCCUGACAAGAUGCAGUUAGACAUGUUGAUGGAAAAGUUGAGAAACAAAAAUAGGAGGCAGAAGACAGCCAUUGAAUCAAUUAAAAUCUUCCAUGGCCUGUCAAAUGCUAUCCCAAAAGCUUCUUAUACAUUGGAUAGACUAGAAUCCAUAAUAAUGAAGUUUGGCCUAAAAUACAACGUUGACAAUGUCAGAUGCGAGCUUACUGUUUUAGCAGAUGUGUUUCACAUCAGGAUGUCAGUCAAUAGCAUUGGUGAGGUCGACGAUGUGACCAUCACGAUGAACGGUGAACCCAAGCCAUGUUUCGAUCUUAUUAAGAACUUUAAAGCCCAAAAGUAUGACCAGCUGUCCGAACAUAUAUCCAAGUUGAUAGCUAUCAAUGAUAUAUCAAAUGAUAAUAGUAUACCAAGCAUUCAGAGCUACGUGCAUCGGUCUCCAUUGGGCAUUCUGGUACCUAGAACUGGAGGCAUCCCAAUGAAGUUGAUAUACUUCGUUGGUCCCUACGACCUGUUGAAUGAAAAAAAUAAAACCAUGAUACCUAUGACGCUAGAAGCAUUCUCUCCGUUGAACAACAGUAACAGCUGCAUGCUACCCGCCAGGUUUGUGGUGACGUUGAAAGAGCCAAUGGUCGUUUCAUGGUCCCUAGCCAACAAGAUUCAAUUACUAACUGUAAAACCGCAUAGUUACAAUAACAUCACUGAUAUUAACAUCACUACAUCAAUAGCAUCAUUAAUGUCAUCAUACAAGGUGAUGCCAAAUAAGAACAAGUUCCUCUGCUUGGAGAAUCCGCUGAACCAAAAUUUUCUGGCUUGCGUUGUUGACAAAAUCCCAUUCACCCAUCCAACCCAUCUGCCGAAUAUCGUUGCGCAGCUCAGACAACAAGUCCUCUUUAAUACGCUGAUAUGUAGUUGCGUAAAGUCGAGGAAUGUUUUGAAGUCUUCAAGCAUGAAAGAGUUUACAGAUAAGGAUGUACAGUUUGAAGUAACUUCACUCGGCCUGCAGCUCAUCACUGCCACCUUUCAACACCCAUGCAAGGAUUCGCUUUUAACCAUUGAACUGGAGUUAAACGACUCUAUCAGUGUAACGUGCAAAAUAUCAAGUGACAACAACAACAACAACAGCGUCAAUAACAACAACAACAAUAAUAAUAACAAUAACAACAAUGACGUCAUUGCUGAUGGAAUGCCGUUGAUUCCAUGUGACUAUAUAACAAGGGUCAUGCAAAGGAGUCUCUGCCUGCCAAUUGUCUUACGAGCUCUCUUCAAAAAGGUCUCAGCGAACUCCAUGGCGAUGAUGAUGAUGAUGAAACAGCCAUCGUCGUCGUCGUCGUCGUCGUCAUCGCUGGCCGCCUACACAUCCCUACCGCCGACAAUUUCCCUAAUCACUAACCAGAACUCAUUCCCUAACUUUGAUAAGAGUGGCGCUGAUUAUUUUUCUAGGAGAAAUCGCGGUUUACCGCCCCCCAGACAGUUUAAUCUCCCGCCAUUAGUGUACCGGAAGUGUCGGAAAGCUUAUAGCUUCCUGCCUGAAGAUAGCAUAGAUGGAAAACUUUUGCUUAAAGGAACUGUGGCCGAAGUGACUGGCAAGGUUUCGUUUAAAAGUGAAUUUAAACAGGGCGGAAAUUUUGGUCCCGGUAAUAACAACAACAAUAAUAAUAUAAAUAAUAAUAAUAAUAAUAAUAAUAAUAAUAAUGGGAUUUUUAAUAAUAUGUAUAAUAAUCUUGGUAAUAAUAUGAAUAAUAAUAACUUUGGAGCCAAUCUGUGCUUAGCUGAUGGGGCAAAUAUGAACAAUAAUAAUAUGAAUAAUAAUAAUUUCAUUAAUAAUGUUUCUAUGAAUAGCAAUAAUAAUAAUAAUAAUAAUAAUAAUAUGAAUAAUAAUAAUAUAAAUAACAAUAACGCCAAUUUUUUUAAUAAAAAUUUGAACAACAACAAUGUAGCUAGUGUUACGAAUGAUAAUAAUAAUAAUAAUAAUAAUAACUUUAUGAAUAUUAACAACAAUAAUAACAUGAGUAACAACAAUAUGAAUAAUAAUAAUAAUAUGAAUAAUAACAACAAUAACAAGAUGGCCAUGAGAUCGCCUAUUAAGAUAUCAGUAUCGAAAGCAUUGGCAAACUGCAUUCCGUCAUUCAAUAGCAAAACUCAGCAGAUGGAAAGUGUGGUUGUCGGGCUGAAAAACGUAGGCGCGACAAAUCGCCAGCAGCAGCACAUGAACAACAGCAGGGGUAUGAAUGCCGCUAUGAACGCUGGAAAGCACGCACAGCAGCAGAUUGGGAUGAGUGUUGAUUUUAAACAACAACAACUUCAGCUGACUCAGCAGAUCUUACAGCAGCAACAGCAGAAGCGAGGCGAAAACAUGAAGCAGCAACAACAGCAGCUUCAGCAGCAGCAUGAUAAUGAUGUCGAGAUUAUUGAUUCGCCGACGUCGUCAGCAAGUGACAACAACAGCAGCGGCAACAAUUACAGGCAGACAACGACAUCCAGCCAACAACAACAACAGCAUAGAAUUGAUAAGGUAUCCAGUAACCCAAUGCUAGCUAGCCUUUUAGAUCAGUCGUCUGCAUCGUCAUCCUCUUCUCUAAUUGGCGUUGGCCUUCCGAACAUUUCAGGGAUGGGCGUGAUUGCAGGGAUGGGCCAACAAGGAGGAAAACAACAGAGGAAGCGACCCCCGAGCUCUGAUUGGUCGGGUGCUGGUCGAGGCAACGUCAGCAGCAAUAGCAAUAUGAAUGUUAAUAACACUAAGAGGGCUAAAUUAUCUCAUAACAGUAUAUCUGUUGAUGACUAUUUCAACACGCAACAACAGCAGCAGCAGCAGCAACAACAUUUGCAGCAGCAGCAAAUGGUUAACACAGCUGGUAGAUCAUCGCUGUCGUCUGCUCUUGACGUCGCAAAAAAUGUCGCGAGUGGCGGGAAGAUGAACGACAGCGGCAAUAAUCCCAUCCUGAUGAAUAGACAGCUGUCUGAUCCGUCAAAUUUUCAAAAUUAUUCUCAACAGCAGCAGCAGCACAUGUUGCAGCAACAGCAGCAGCAAAUGACGUCAACCUCAUCAGCUCAGUGGGCGAAUGCUAGUAGUAGUAGUAGUAGUAGUAAUAAUAAUAACAACGCUAGAUCGAAUAUGCAUGAUAAAGAUCAGACUAUGUUUAAUGCUGCUAAUUUCAAACAGCAGCAACAACAGCAGCUGUUUCAACAACAACAACAGCAGCAACAAAUUAUAAGGCCUCAACAAAUUAUAGUCAAAGAUCAACAACAGAUUCGUAACAACAACAACAACAACAUUGAUGACACAGAUUGGGAAGUUAAAAUUGAAUCUAGUAACAUCGAAAACAACAACAGCAACAGCUUCAACAACAACAACAACACUUUCAACAGCAACAAACCGCCAAUCAGAGUUAAAUUAGACAAGAGGUCUUUCAACACCAUUCCUAGUAAUGUGAACAACAACGCAUUGCAACAAGUUAACAACGUAAGCAAUAGUGCAAAUGUCAGUAACAACAUCAACUACAACGUCAAUAAAAAUAAUCUCAACAACAACAAUAAUGUCAUUGGCAGCAACAACAACGUCGUCAACAACAACAAUAAUAACAGUAAUGAGGGUAGAAAAGCCUUUGGUAGUAGUCUAAGUGACCUACUUUUGGAUGAGAACAACCAAUCGAAUUCAGUCGAUUCGGAUGUCGGGAUUAUUGCGUCGAUUACAGCUUCGCCGUCCUACGCUCAAUCGUCAUCUUCAUCAGCAGCAGCAACAGCAGCAGCAGCAACGACGACUUUAUCAUCAUCAGCGCCAUCCUCGUCGUUAACUUCGUCAUUUGGCAAGGCAGUUAUGCCAUCGUCGUCGUCGUCGUCAUUAGGACAAUCGUCAUCCUUAUCUACAUUGAUGACGUCGUCGUCGUCCACGAAGCUUUUGCAGCAGCAGCAGCAACAACAACAGGCAUUGAAACGAUUGAAAUCUACAGCUACCACUAUCAACAACAGCAACAACGCGAAUAUCAACACCAAAAACAGCAGCAGCAGCAACGAGAGCAAGAAGAUGAAACGUCCCUACUCAUCUGCCCUCUCCUCGUCUCUGGUGCCCACAGUUUCUCUAGGCAUACUCAGUGAGGACAUUGCUCGCCAGAAAAUGUCGAAAAAGCAAAAAAUUUAUGAAUUCGAUGACGAGGAGUGCAUCAUGACGGCCAGCACAUCUCCGAAUUCAUCCUCCUCAUCCUCUGCAUCCUCCUCAUCCUCCAUGAUGCCUCCAAUUAAGAUCACUUCCGCUGGGGGUAAACUAAAGAUUCAAAAUCCCUCCUCUAAAAUUAAGCAGAUCCCCGGAUCGGCCAGUGCACUAAUUGGCAGGCCGGGAGCACAUCUUCACCAGGUGAAUGCGGCGCAUGGUCUGAUGGCAGCCAAUCAGAAGUCGCCGAAGGUUUUCGGGGUCCAGGGUCAUCAGAGGUUAGGGAAAUCCGGAGUUGGCAGCAGGCCAAAGUCUGCUGAAGCUAAAAGAUUUGAUCAGAAGAUGAUGGUGAAGGUGGCGCAGAAUCAGUUUAAUAAUAAUAAUAAUAAUAAUAACAACAAUAACAACAAUAAUAAUGUCAGCAACAAUAAUAACAAUCAGCAACUAAUGAGUAGCAUGUCUGGCAGUAACAACACCAACAACUCAAUGAACAACAACAACAUGGUCAAUCAGAGCAAUCAACAACCGCUACAAAACAACAACAACAAAUUCAAACCACCACAAUGCACCACCCCCCUAAGUUUUCAGGCCUCUACUCCAUCACCCAAAACAACCCCGACCUCUAGCAGCAGUAGUAGUAGCAGUAGCAGCGGCAACAACAACGUUAGUGGAAUGGGAAAAGUUGGUCAGCUGCAGCAGUUGCAGCAGCAGCAAAAUGUUGCGACAGCUGGCAAAAGCAAGUCGCUCUCAGCCAGUGGCGUUUCAGCUGGUGGGACUGUAGGCUCUGCCGAAGGGAAAUCUGGCAAUAAAAAAGCUGGAAGUUUAUCCCUGGUGAUUGACAGCCUAAUGAAAAAGCAGCACUCGGUCAGCAGUUCGGAUGGAAGCAAGAGCGCUGACAGUGCAGUCGUCCAAAAAGAGAUCUAUGACGCCAUCAGACUGGAGAUCAUCAAGGAAGGUAAUAAGCCUAGUACGCCGACUAGGGACCAGCUAGCAUCGUCGUCGUCGUCGUCGUCAUCAUCAGCGUCAGCUUCUUCAGCGUCAGCGUCUUCAAUGAUGAUGAACAGUAAGAUGUUGCAGAAGAAAAUGAACGCGGCUAACAGCAUCAGUUGUAGUAGUGGUAGUAGUGAUGGCAGUAAUAACAAUAAUAAUAACAACAAUAAUAAUAAUAACAAUAAUAAUAACAAUAACAAUAUGGCCUCUAGAACUACACCUACGUCAUUGUCGUCAUCGUCGUCGUCAAGUAACAAUCAGUUUCAGCCAAUCAACGCUAAGGGGGUUUCCGUCAAUAAUAAUAAUAACAACAACAAUAACAACAAUAAUGUCGGUAAUAAUAAUAAUAAUAAUAAUAAUAAUAAUAGACAAGCUGGUGGGAUGAAUAUUUCGAAAUCACCAUCGCCCAAUAGCUGUAGCAACAACAAUAACAACAGUAACAACAACAAUAAUAAUAAUAAUAAUGUCAAUAAUACUAACAACAAUAAUAAUAAUAAUAAUAGUAAUAAUAGUGCAUUCGCUGGCACCAUGCUUCCACUUUUGACGUCAUCAUCGUCGUCGUCGUCAUCUGCCAAUGCUAAUGUCGUUGCGACAGCUAAUAGACCGCCCCAACAACAACAAAAUAAUAAUAAUAAUGUUUCUAUGGGUAAUAAUGUUAAUAAUAAUAAUAAUAAUAAUAAUAAUAGUAAUAACGCCAAUAACAAUAAUAAUGUUUGUAUUAAUCUGAAUAAUAAUCCAUCUGUCAGCUUAGGCAGGCUGAAUGUUAAAAUUCCAUCAUCGUCGUCGUCUUUGUCAUCGUCGUCAUCAUUAUCAGCUUUGCCUCUAAUUAACAACACAAUGAUGAGGAACAACAACAACAGCAGCAACAAAAAUAAUAGUAAUAAUAAUAACGAAACGUUGGAGAUAAAAUUGUUGAAGACAUCGCAGCCGCCACAUCAAUCGCAGCAGCAGCAGCCAUUACUGCCACUACCAAUACUGCCGCUAACUAACCAGGCCAACAACAAUAACAAUAAUAUUCGUAUGUUGCAUAUACAGAACAACAAUAAUAAUAAUAAUAAUAGAAGUUGUGCUGGUAGUGGUGGGGGUAUACUACCCGUACCGACCGAAUAUGGCGGGUACCAAGAUAAACCCCUUAUAAAAAUUCCCCAACAAUUACAACAACAGCAACAACAACAGCCUAUUAUCUAUAGCAACAACAACAGCAUUAAUAACAAUAACAGUUACGACAAAUCAGGUAAAAGCAUGAAGGUAAAUGACCAGCAACCGAAUAGUCGACAUUUUCUCGAUGCGGUUGGCACUGUUGACAACAGCAGCAACAACAACAACAGCAACAACAACAACAAUGGCAGUAGUGGUGUUGAUAAUGUUGGAAGUGUACUAUCCCAACAACCCACCAACAACAACAAUAGCAACGCCAAUAAUAGUGCCGCCACGGUUGAAAGAAUGCUCGCCCCGCCACGUUCGCCCUCCCCGGUCAAGAUGACGUCAUCACCGAAAAACCCCCUCCUAACUCAGUCGUUGUCGUCAGCCUCAUCUCCAACGUCUCCUAAAUCUAUAGUUAUUGAUCUGCCUAAGAUCAUCCCAGAAGCAAGAAAUACAAGUUACAGCAGCAAAAUUCUGAGUAAUAGCAGCGUGAAUACCAAUAAAACAGCUGGCAGUGUGGUGGUUGUGGUCGAUGGAGUCGGUGGUAGUGGCGGAGCCACUCCUGGCAAUGAUGCUGAUGUUGGCAUCACAUCGGCAGAUCUCACUGCAAACAAUUCAUCACUGUUGAAAAAUAUUCAACAGCAAAAGUCGCACAGCAGCUUCAAAAGCAACGAAAGUAGCGGUAGCGGCGCCAGUAGAAUCUACAAAUCCACCACUAUCGACGACGACGAUGACGUCAUUCUGAGCGACGACAAAACGGACUUUCCCGAUAAUGAUCUUAUAAUCGACGUGUCGCCGACUUCAGCGUCGUCAUCAUCGGUCUUCAUUUCGGAUGUUGCUGGCUCGGGGAGCAGAAACUCCACGACCACAUCCACCCUGCUGACUACCACACCAUCCACCAUUAUCGUCCUCACCGAUUGUGGUAACGUCACGUCAGCAGCACAACAACACAACAACAACAAUAAUAAUAAUAAUAAAAGUAAUAAUAAUAAUAAUCUGAAUUCAGCAACGUCAUCUUCAUCGUCGUCAUCAUUUCUUCUCGAUUUAACAAUAUCACCACCAUUGCCGUCAUCAUCGUCGUCUUCAUCAUCGUCGACAGUAUUAACUGGAAUGGCUCAAAACCCAGCUGCUUCAGCUGUUGUAGCAGCUACGGCGUCGACCAGCAGCCAACUACAACAGCAGCAGAAACCUCAGUCGUCGCCGGAUGGUAGUGUUGUGUGCGAGUUGGACGAUGACCUGAUGAAUGAAGCCUUAAUCAUGUGA